CCCAUUGAUGUGGGACCCCCAUUGACCACCAAUGGAUGAGUUGCCACCAUGAGGCUCUUCCUGGUGCUGGUGGCAGCCACUGUGCUGCUGGGCUGUGGGGCGGAGCCUCCCACCACCAAGGCCACGCCCCCUCCCACCAAGACCACGCCCUCCAAGACCACGCCCCCUAUCACCAAGACCACGCCCCCUCCCACCGUGGCCACGCCCCCUCCCCCCUCCCUAUGGGGGGCCCUGGAGGGGGCAGCUCUGAACGUGACUGCGCGGGUGUGGGGCAGCCCCAUAGUGACCCGGAUGAGGCUGAUGACGUCAUCCCUGGGCGCGCACCUGUCCUCGGAGGCGCGCGAGGCCCGGGAGCGGGCGGGGCUGUACGCGCGGGAGGCGCGCGCGGCGCUCGCGCGCUCCCUGGCCGAGCUGCGCACGCGCGGGGCCCUCUGCGCGCGGCGCAUGCGCAGGAGGCUGCAGCGGGACCGGGAGGAGCUGCGCAGGCGCUGGGAGGGGUGGGGCCGGGCGGUGGCCCGGAUGUGGGCGGGGCCUGUGCUUUUGGGUGUUUUUGGCUAUUUUUGA